GAUCCCUUAUAAGUUGUCCCCAGCAAGAAGGCAGUGGUACUAACCUUUUACUAACGAUGGCAGCUCUUGCAGCUCUCGCAGCGGCCCGGAAAAGCGGUCGCGUUCAGCAGUCACUACUGCCACUUCUUUCUAGUGUUAGCCGCAGCUUCUCUAGUGCCGCGCAGCCGGCUUUUGCUGAUCACGAACGGGAGGUCCAGGCGGCUCUUGAAUACGCUAAACGCCUGCCUGGAAAGCUCUUCAUUGGUGGCAAAUGGACCGAGGCUGCGUCGGGGCGCAGGAUGUCGGUGGUGGAUCCCCGAACCGAGGAGGUCCUCAUCGACGUCUCCGAGGGCGAUGCCGCUGAUGUUGACAAGGCCGUGGCCGCUGCUCGCCACGCCUUUGAUAACGGCCCCUGGCCGCGCAUGACCGCCAAGGAGCGCGGCCGGCUGCUCUACCGGCUGGCGGACGCGAUGGAGGCCGCCUCGGAGGAGCUCGCGGCGCUGGAGACGCUGGACAACGGCAAGCCCCUCUUCUACAGCCGGGUUGCUGACGUGCCGCUGUCCAUCGACCACUUCCGCUACUACGCGGGCUGGGCGGACAAGAUCCACGGCAGGACCAUCCCGGUGGAUGGGCCCUACAUGGCGUACACGAUGCAUGAGCCCAUCGGGGUCGUGGGGCAGAUCAUCCCCUGGAACUUCCCCCUCCUGAUGGCCGCCUGGAAGCUGGCCCCCGCGCUGGCCGCCGGCAACACGGUGGUGCUCAAGCCCGCGGAGCAGACGCCCAUGACCGCACUCAAGCUGGCGCAGCUGGCCAAGGCGGUGGGUAUCCCCGACGGCGUUAUCAAUGUGGUGACUGGGUUGGGACCCACCGCGGGGGCCGCCAUCGCCACUCACCGGGGCAUUGACAAGACCGCCUUCACCGGCAGUACCGAGGUGGGUCGCCUGGUUGCCCGCGCCGCCGCCGACCAGUUGAAGCCGUGCACGCUGGAGCUGGGCGGCAAGUCACCCAUCAUCGUGUGCCCGGAUGUGGAUGUAGACAAGGCGGUGGCGGAUGCACACAUGGCGCUGUUCUUCAACCAUGGACAGUGCUGCGCUGCCGGGUCGCGGGUGUUUGUGCACGAGAGCAUCUACGACGAGUUCGUGGCCAAGUCAACCGAGGCGGCGCAGAAGCGCAAGGUGGGCGACCCCUUCCACUCCCAGUCCGACCAGGGCCCCCAGGUGGACAGCGACCAGUUCAGCAAGGUGCUCGGGUACAUCGACAGCGGCAAGCGCGAGGGUGCCCGGCUAAUGUGCGGCGGGCGCCGGGCGGGCGAGCGCGGGUACUACGUGGAGCCCACUGUGUUUGCCGACGUGGCCGACCACAUGCAGAUCGCGAGGGAGGAGAUCUUUGGGCCCGUGCAGAGCAUCAUGAAGUGGGGCUCGCUGCAGGAGGUGGUGACGCGCGCUAACAACUCGCCGUACGGUCUGGCGGCCGGCGUGUUCUCCAACAACGUCAACACCGUCAACACGCUGACGCGGGCGCUGCGGUCGGGGACGGUGUGGGUGAACUGCUACAACCUGUAUGACGGCGCUGUUCCGUUCGGCGGCUACAAGGAGUCGGGUAUUGGUCGCGAGAAGGGCGAGUACGCGCUGUCAAACUACACGCAGGUCAAGGCGGUCUACAUGCCGCUGGAGAACCCCGCCUGGCGCUAGAGCCUGCUGGAUGCUGCUGGAUCCAUGAUGGGGGUUUGGUGACCCGUGGGUCGGUGCUCGGGUCAUGUGUGUAUGCUCGACUCGACUCGACCAGCACGAAACACGUCGGUUUAGGAGUGUCUGGGUGGACCUUGGAGGAAGUGCUCGACAGUCUCGGCAAUCCACAGUUUUGUUCGGAGGCGGCUCUCGCUGAGGGCUUGAUCCGCACUCCGAGUCACUGCCCUCGCGGCACGAAGCUUGUUGGAUGGCAUCGUGGCUCAACUAUAUGAGGUCAAAUGGCUUACCUACAGAAAAGAACAUCGCGUUGGAUUAGGGGGUUUAUUGCAGUUGCGUUAUUUCUAAUUUUGGAGAAAUGGUAUGCGUUUGCCUCGUUUCCCCUUUCGUUGACUAUUGUAUCAAUUGCUCGGCAGGGGUUUGCUGGCAAUCAACCUGUACGUUAAGGGUGUGGUCAGGGGCUCGAGUUGGCAUCGUCUUCGUCUUGCUUCCAACUUAGCGUGGCGGGGGAAAGCUCGCUUUCCUAUCCCCUCGGUUAGAUACAGAUACAACCGCCACCCACACAGCUAAGGAUGAAUGCAAGGUUGUUCGAAGCAUGUUGUACAAUUGACUGUGUGUAGUAACUCGUCUCGACGUUGUGUCGGUAUUCGCCUGGCGGCAUGCAGUACAUUUGCCAUGGCUGCGAUGGUCGUCGUUAAUUGCGAGAGGUGCUUCCCCCAUUCUCCCACGAACUUUACUUACACUGCAUGUUUGGGAUGCACGCACGAAUCGCUCCCGGCAAAACUGGUAUGCGUUCAUCAGCUCAUGACGUGUAAGUCCCUAUUGGACAACCCAC